GCCCCCUGCAGGUCGUGUGUGACGGACAUGUGUGAAUGUCCCGUCCAUAAAAACUGUUACUGUGAGUCGUUCAUCGCCUACAGCCGAGCCUGCGAGCGGGAGGGCGUGCCCGUCCUGUGGAGGCCCGACACGGCCUGCAUGGCCACCCAGUGUAAACACGGCGCCGUGUACGACACCUGCGGCCCCGGCUGCACCAAAACCUGCGACAACUGGAACGAGAUCGGCCCGUGCCACAAGCCGUGCGUGGCCGGCUGCCACUGUCCCGCCAACCUGGUGCUGUUCCAGGGACGCUGCAUCAAACCCAUAUCCUGCCCCGGGCGGUGACCCUAGUGACCCGGGGGGCGGGGGGAGGGGGUCAGGUCAGGGAGCUUUUUAAAAACUAUACGAACCAAACUUAAGGAAGAGUUUGGGACGUUAAAGGGUCCAGUGUGGACAGGUCACAGGUCACAGGUCACAGGUCACGAGGUGGUGCUGCGUCCACCCUCUGUGCUGAGGACCGUGUACGAUACAAGACUCCACCACGAGGGGGCGCUGGUUCCCGACUCGGAAGGGGAAAAAAAACUUGAACCUUGUUCGGAAAUGUCACGACUUCUCCUCUCGCUCUCGCUGAGGAGGUCACGUGACCACAGACCCUCAGGAAACGCUCGGGGCCGCCGGACUCGUCGGAGCCGACGCGGCGCCGGGUUUCUCUCAGCCGGACUCAGAGCAGAGGAACUGAUGCCUCGUGUCAAACUGUCCUCGGGAUCUUUUCAUAUUGUAAGCUAACCAGAUUUAUAUGAGACAGACAGCUUUUAUAUUAUUAUUGUUCUAAUUAUUAUCUAAUUAUUAUUUGUUGUUGAUGUUGUUAAUUUAUAUUCCAGUCGAAUGACGUAGCAAGAGCCAGAAUCAUGAAUCUAAUGGUGUCGAUGAUUUAAAGGGAAACAGAAGCUAUUUAUGUAUUUGUAGUGUACUGUUGUGUUACUGUUUGAAGAGAAUGUGACUCACUCUCCACCGCAGGGAUAAAGUACUGUACUGUGUUCUGCUCCGUGUCCAGGUUGUUGUGGUUCCUAUCAAACUGAAGGUUUUCAUCCAAGCGUAUGUUUCACUUGACAACAAUUAUUUAAGACCAGCAAUAUAAUCUUUUGUCAAAGCUCA